AUGGCGCGCGUCGGCCGUUGGGGGUUUUUGGCUCUAGCAUUGGCCUUUCAUCUGAUGUACCUGUAUUCGAUUUUCGACAUAUACUUUGUGAGCCCAAUUGUCAGUGGCAUGCGAUCAUAUGGCGUUGAACGGGAAAUCGGAGCAGAAGCGCCGGCCAAACGGCUUGUCCUGUUUGUUGGAGACGGCCUUCGUGCCGAUAAAGCUUUCCAGGCCUUCCCAGAUCCCUCCCCUCCCAGCGAUGUCGAUCCGGAAGACGAUACGCCCAUUCGCCUGGCGCCAUUUGUGCGUUCUCGUGUGCUUAACCAUGGCACUUUUGGCGUCUCGCAUACUCGUGUUCCCACGGAAUCUCGCCCCGGCCAUGUCGCUUUGAUUGCCGGCUUGUACGAGGAUGUCUCGGCAGUGACGACUGGGUGGAAACUGAAUCCGGUGAAUUUCGAUAGCGUCUUUAACCGCAGUCGACAUACAUGGAGUUGGGGCAGUCCGGACAUCCUGCCCAUGUUCAAAGAAGGAGCGGUUCCCGGGCGCAUCGAUGCGGAUACCUACGCCGAGGAGGCCGAGGAUUUCAGUUCCGAUGCGACUCACCUCGAUAUAUGGGUGUUUGAUAAAGUCAAGGCUUUGUUUGCCGAAGCUAAGACGAACCCGGAGCUGAAUGCGAAAUUGAGAGAAGACAAGGUCGUCUUUUUCCUUCAUCUACUUGGGUUGGAUACCACUGGCCACGGAUUUCGACCAUAUUCCAAAGAGUACUUGCACAAUAUCAAGGUUGUCGACAAAGGUGUCCAGGAAAUCACUGAAUUGAUCGAUGAUUUUUACAACGAUGGGAAGACCGCUUAUGUCUUCACAGCUGAUCAUGGCAUGAGUGAUUGGGGUAGUCAUGGUGAUGGUAAUCCUGACAAUACACGCACGCCUCUCGUGGUUUGGGGCUCUGGCGUUGCAACCCCGAAGCUCACAGUAGAUGGCCAGCCAAGCGGUCAUGAAGAUGGUUUCUCGUCUGAUUGGGGAUUUGACCAUGUUCGGAGGCACGAUGUGAAUCAAGCCGAUGUUGCGGCUCUUAUGGCUUAUCUAGUUGGAUUGGACUUCCCAGUGAAUUCCGUUGGCCGACUGCCUCUAGAGUACAUCGCUGCAUCACCUCGAGAGAAAGCAUUGGCGUUCUGGGCAAACACGCGGGAAGUCCUGGAGAUGUAUCAUGUUAAGGAAAACCAAAAGAGUCAAAACCAAUUGAAUUUCCAACCAUAUGCGCCACUGAGCCAAGAUGAACUGGCGGCGCGUACUUUGGAAAUUGAAACACUGAUUUCUGAGGGCAGAUAUGCUGAAUCCAUCGAGGUGUCUUCACAUGUGUUCACUUCCGCAGUUGAAGGUCUCCGGUAUCUCCAGACAUAUGAUUGGAUUUUCCUGCGGACAAUUGUCACCGCGGGAUAUUUGGGAUGGAUUGCCUAUGCGAUCACUACUGUCAUUGAUUUGCACGUUCUGCAUGCAUCAUCAGACGCGCACCGCACCUGGUUCGGUACGUCCGUCUUCGUGUCGGCCCUCGUGGGGCUCUACUCCAUUUUCAUAUAUCAACGCUCUUCAUGGAGAUAUUAUGUCUAUGGAGCAUUUCCAAUUUACUUCUGGGAGGAAGUAUUCUCCCGAAGAAAAGCUUUGAUAGCCGGUCGACGUAUUUUAUUGAAGCAUGUGCAGUCCUUUGGUGGCUAUAUUGUGCUUGCAUUUCAGAGUAUAUUAUUCCUCGGGGUGCUAGAAGCCCUAGUGCAAUCUUAUUUCCACCGAGAGAUAUUUACUGUGUGUUUCAUCCUCGCAGCCUUUUGGCCACUUUUCUAUGGCACAGGAUUCAUAUCACGCCAUCUUUCUCUCAUCAGCGCUUGGGCUAUUGGUUGUGCUCUCAUGAGCACUUUCACCCUUCUGCCUGUUGUCAUGGUCGAAAACACCACAACAAUUACCAUCGGAGGCAUGCUCAUGUUUCUGGCUGGUCUGUUCUACUUGGCGUUUGAAGAAACAAUCACCAAAGGCUCUGGGCAUCCAAUCAGUGCCUCUGGGUCUCGUAUAAUCAUGGGAGUGCAGGUGGGCAUGAUACUUCUAGCCAUCAUCGUGACUCGCUCUAGCGCGAUGUCCCUGCAGGCCAAGGAAGGUCUACCACUGGGCAAUCAGGUUGUUGGUUGGCUUGUUCUCGUCUCCUCGUUGCUUCUCCCCUUCGCUCAUCGGAUGUAUCCGAACAGCUAUUACCUACACCGAUUAAUGAUGAUCUUUGUGACCUUUGCCCCGACAUUUGUGAUCCUCACUAUUUCGUACGAGGGGCUGUUCUAUUUUGUCUUCUGCAUGACUCUGGCCACUUGGGUCCGGCUAGAGCAUGCUCUUUACGUGUACCAGAAGCAACCAACGACCUCUGUCGACCCGGACAAGCACUCGACCAUCGCUAAAACGACGGUCGAUGGCGACACAUUCGAGUAUCGCGCCCUUACUAUAUCCGAUACACGCGUGGCACUCUUCUUCUUCUUCCUGGUUCAAUCAGGCUUCUUCAGCACGGGAAACAUCGCAUCGGUCUCAUCGUUUUCCCUCGAAAGCGUCAACCGGCUAAUCCCCGUCUUCAAUCCCUUCAGCCAAGGCGCACUUCUCAUCCUCAAAUGGAUGAUUCCAUUUGCCGUGAUUAGCGCCAAUCUCGGUAUCCUCAACAAACGACUGGAGGCUGCUCCCAGCGCUCUCUUUAUGACAGUCAUGACCAUCUCCGAUAUCUCGACUCUAAACUUCUUCUACAUGGUACGCGAUGAUGGAUCGUGGCUUGAGAUUGGCACGACUAUCAGCCACUUUGUCAUCGCUAACUUGCUCUGUUUCUUCGUGGCUGGGUUGGAGUUUGUGAGCGAGAUGUUUGUCAGCGGCGUGGAUCUGGGCAGCUCUUCCCCUUCUUCUGUGGCAGCUACCAUCAGUCAGAUGUCAGAAGACGGCAUAAGCAAUGGAUCAACAGAAAAGCGCGGCCAAUAG